UCCUAAGGCCGUGCUGUUCAUCAAAGAGUGACUUCUGUUAUUUCCGUUGUUAGUUAUCCAUAGGAAACUAAGACACAGAUGGGGCUGUUGAGCGUGGUGCUCGUCGUGGUCGCGUCGCUGGCGUGCCUGCCACAGCCACGGGAGAACGCUCGCGUGCUGUCCGUGUUCCCAGUGCCGAUGCGCAGCCACUGGAUCGUCUGUCGCAGCCUCCUGGAGGCGCUGCACGACAGAGGCCACCAGCUCACCGUGCUGACGCCCUACCCCACUGGCAGGCCCCGACGCAACUGGACGGAGCUCAUCGUCCCAGACACCAUGCACCUACUCGGUGGCACCAGUGACCUAUUCAGCCUAGGCCAGAGGAGCGAUUUCGUUUGGCUCCUGAGACUGUUCAACUACGGAAUCUCGUCGUGCGAAGUUUUCCUACAACAGGAAAACGUACAGCAGCUCUUCGAAUCCGACCGCGAGUUCGACGUCAUCAUCAUCGAGACGUUCUUCAACGACUGCCUGAUGGCGCUGGCGCACAAGUUCCGGGCUCCCGUGAUCGCCAUCUCGACGCUGGUGGGCACCGUGUGGAUGAGCGACAUGAUGGGCAGCCCGUACCCGCUGUCCUACGUCGCCGAGCCCUUCCUGUCCUACACGGACCGCAUGCCCUUCUGGCAGCGGCUGCACAACGCCGCCUUCGCGACGUACGCUCGGCUCGUCCGCCGGCUGUACUACGCGCCCCGGCAGGACGCCCUGGUGCGCAGACACGUGGCCGGCCCCUCGCUGCCCAGCGUACUGGACAUCGAGAGGAACACCUCGCUGCUCUUCCUCAACAGCCAUCCCAGUCUGCACUUCCCGCGCCCGCUGGCGCCCAACGUCAUCGAGAUCGGAGGCAUGCACGUCUGUUCACCUCGCACCCUACCACAGGCUGCCGCAACGGGGAGACACAGCUUUCCAAGUGACUGCGACGCAGGACUCCCGCCGGCCAUUUGCUCUUUUCUGGCCACGUCGCUCUCGUCAACCAGGUACGCUGCUGUCGAGGCAUGCGUUACACAGCGCUCUGUGGAGAAUUUACAAGAAUUUCUUGAUAGUGCAACGGAUGGUGCAAUAUUGUUCAGCCUGGGGUCCAACAUCAAAAGCUCUCAAAUGCCUGACGAGAAGCGGGCGGCUUUUCUGACAGCCUUCUCCCAGCUCAAGCAGAGAGUUCUGUGGAAGUGGGAAACCGAAGACCUCCCGGGGAAGCCAGAGAACUUAAAAGUGUCCAAGUGGUUGCCGCAGUCAGAUAUACUGGCUCACAAAAACCUGAAGCUGUUCAUCACGCACGGUGGACUCGGCAGCACGCUGGAGGCCGUGCACCACGGAGUGCCCCUGAUUGGAGUCCCCGUGUUCGCCGAUCAGGACAGCAACAUGAUCAGGGCGGAGCAGCACGGCUACGCCUUGAGGCUUCAGUUCAGCAACAUCACGGCUGACACUCUCCUUUGGGCGAUCACGGAAGUACUUGAUAAUCCCAGGUACCGGCAGCAGGUGCAGCAGCUGUCGCGCGUGUUCCACGACCGGCCCCGGGCGCCGCUGGAGGAGGCGGUCUUCUGGACGGAGUACGUGGUGCGCCACGGCGGCGGCCCCCACCUGCGCUCUCCGGCGCUCCACCUCUCCUGGCACCAGGUCUGGCUGCUCGACGUGGUCGCUGCGGUGGUGGCGGCCGCCGUAGCAGUGCUGGCGCUACUAACACUGGCAGUGAAGGCUGCCACCGACAAGUUAUCCAGCAAGAGACUGACAGCGGCUGUCCACAGAGCUGCCAUCGUGGGUUCAAAGAAGCACAUGUGA